GGGUCAGUGGCGCAGGUGUGGCUGACAACGGAGCGUGCGUUGUGUUGUGCCUGGCUCACGCCUCUUGACUGACCCGUCCUCAAGUGCUCACACACCGCUAUUUUGGUGGCCUCAUACACCCUCUCGCUUCACCACUAGUGCCUCCUGACCUCUGCUAACGACUCACAAGACCACCUCCUCAACCUUGACACAGGAGGAUGGAUCGACGUCUGGUGAUGGUUGGCGUCCUUGUCAUGUUGAUGUCGAGUGGGGCGGUGGGCGCCAACUGGUUCACGGAGCAGUGGAACAGCCUCUCCUCCUCCGUCUCUGGCUUCUGGGCGCAGACUUCCCAGCUCUUUGACAAGACCUACAGCACCUUGAGGAAGCGGUUCAGCACAAUAUCAAUGGAGAUGAAAGGAUGGUUCAAGAACAAGUCUUUCUCCAACGCCACGGCCUCCCAGAUGCUCAACAAGAUCCCUGUAGACGGCUGGAGGGAGAUGCACCCGGCGAUGCUAAUGACUGCCAGCAAGUCCGAGGUCACCAACCUCAUAGAGAUGGGAGCCGGCAAGGUCCCCCAGAGGUUCCUCGAUGAGUUGAACCGUAUGACGCUCAUCACCCAGACGGACGAGGAGGUUAUCAACAUGAUCCAGAGUGAAGUCGGCCAGUGUAGCACGCUGAUAUCAACUGCUGGAACAUCGUCUGCUCCUGGCUGUGAGCUAACACUGAGUGAAAUCGUGACCCUGGUGUCAAGGCUGGGUGACCCCGCCAAGUGGUCUCCUCAGAACGUGACUGACCUCGGCCCAGUUCUCUUCCUGCUACCCGUCUGUGUCGACAAGGUCCAGAACGACUCUACUGCCCAGGCGGUCAUGGGGGUCCUCAAGAUGUGUCUGACAGCCAACCCCGACCCUAACUGCCUUCAACCGGGUCAACUGUGGAACCUUAUCCAGAUGAUGUCCCUUCGCUUGGAAGGCCCGCCGUCUUCCUGGGGGCAGAGCAGUGUCGCCAACAUAGGUGGUAUCAACAUGAUACCUGACUAUGCUGUCGUCUAUCUCAGUGAUUCCUUAAUUAAGAUGUUCAAGCCGGAUAUUGUUAAGGUGCAGAUCCCGGCCACAAAGUACCAGGUGUGCGAGAGCUGGAAGGCAGCGCUCUGUAAAGCCGAGCAGUGUACCGGCAUGACAGCUGCAGCUGACACCGCGUGGUACAACAGCCUGGGCACUCUGCAGGUGUGUAUGGGACCCUCAGACCUGUCACCAGCUGGACAAGCUGAUCCCACUCUCCAGACCAUAACAUACAACAUCUCCAAACUUAGGGGCAAGGAUAUGAACCCUCAGGACGCCAGCAUCAUCCUGCAGGACGCACUGUCGAGCAAGACCAUCGACAACAUCACCAAGCAAGAUGUUGAUGCUCUGGGAGGGCCAUUGAUGAUGAGGGCUCCUGCCUGCUACCUGAAGGCCGCCGCCAGGCGUGGGCUGCUCACCACAGUCCUGCCAUACAUGGACUCUAGUGUUAUGAGGGUCCAAGGUCCAGAGUUCUCAGCUAAGAUGAAUGCACUGAUGAAGGCGGACAUGGCGACGGCCUUUACCAACGGCGUGUUCACACUCACCCAGCUCAUCGACUCCUUGAAGAUCCUUAUCAGCCCGGACCUCCUCAAGGGCCAGAGCAAGGCAAUCUGGAAGCAGAUUGUCGACAAGGCUCAUGCCACAAGUCAGCCAUUGACGACUUACCAAAUUGACGUCAUUAUGUCACAGCUGCCGCCGACGGACCUGUCCUCGUACACCCCGCUCUUCAAGGAGUACGCCCCCACCAGGAAGAUUGGAGGUCUUGGGCAGGGCAGCCUGUCCGUGCUCGCCAGAGACAUGUCACCCUACUCCCUGCCAUGCCUGCGGGGUGCCAACGUGACCUUCGGAGGAGCAGUUAACCUGACGGCCACCGUGGUCAGCCAGGGCAUAAACUUCCUGCCCUGCAUGAGUGCCGCUGAUGCCAUGAAGGUGGUUCCUAAGGACCUCUUUAAGGUGUUCGAUGCUAUCAAGGUGUCUGGUAAACCUCUGUCCAUGGCAGCAUGCCGAGUGUUCAGAGACAAGUUGACGGACUGGGCCGCCACUAACAUGCCCACCGGACUCAAGUCCCUCACUGAUGUUGGCCAGCAACUCUUCCUCAAAGAUGUGACGAGUAUCCCACCGUGUGUCGCCGUGGACAUGGGAGACAUUGCCCUGCAAGUGCUGAACGGGGAGAUGAAGCAGGUGUUGUUGAUGCAGAUGUGUAAGGCCAACGUCCUCUCCACCAUCCCCCAGGACGGCAGGCGCCUCUUCAUCAACUCUAUUGUCAGUGACAUGAUGGGUACGUCGGGAGCCCAGCUGGGAAUAUGUGAGCUAAACAAGCUUGGUAACUGUGCAUUUGACCUCAAUGCGGAUAACUUGAAGAAAAUGGACGAAUUCGCCUCCUACGAGUUCAUCAAACGUCUCCAGAAAGCCUUCAUGAGCCCGGUGCCUCCAUGCCUCGACCAGUCGCAGCAGCAACAGAUUGAGCAGAUGCUUAUCAAUGUCAGAGGGCCCACCAACACCUGGAAGGAUGCAAGUGACGUCAGUUGUCUCCUAAGAACGCUCACCAGCACCAACUUAAUGGGGAUCCCGGAUGAGGUCUACACCUCGACGUCUUGCAACAUUAUGAUGUCACCCUUCGAAGAUGGUCAGCCGGCGGCGUGCAAGAUUGGUGCUAUAGUGGAAGACGAGACCAUCGCUGUUGACCAGACCAAGACUUGCAUCGCCCUGAGGCAGGCAGGAGGCGCUACCACAGCCUGCGACAAGAUCUCAUGCGGGGGAGUUGCUGUGAUGUCUGCUGCUGAGAUCAGAAAUCUUCAGCUGCAGGAUGUGAAGGACAACCUGGCUGACCUCAGCUCCCAGGACAUGAGCAUGGACAAGGCUAUGGCCCUGGCUGACGCGGUGAGGCAGCUGAGAAACCAGGGUAACCUGACGCAGGAGGAGCUGACUAAACUUGGCUACAUCUACCAGGCCUUCACCAAGGACGACAUAAACAACAUUACCACGUGGAACACUCCAGCAGCCAAGGAGAUGAUCUUCUGGAUGGGAAUGAUGACCUCCAUGUCUGAUGAGGCAAUGAGAGCACUCAGGGACAAGAUACUAACCAACUACAAGAGCACAUCGAGCAUGACUUCACAGGACCUGAUGCUGCUGGGGCGAGUGGUGUGCUUCCUCACUCAAGACCAGAUCAACGCCAUUCCCUCCACCGCUUUCCUGGACGCCAUGAGGUACUUGGGCAUCCUGGACUGUAGUGGUCAGAACAGCACUGUCAACCUGGCCGCCAGAGCUGUUGCUGCCUACAGCAGUGACAACAGAAACAUCCAGUACUGGGACCCUGCCACGGUGAGCGAGAUGGGACUCCUGAUGGGUGGUCUCAGCCCAGAGAGCUUGGCCAUGAUGCCUGACAGAGCCUUCUCAGGUCUGACCUCAGCUGGCAUACAAUCUAUUCCCCCCGGUGUCUUGAAGGUGAUGAAGGUGCCCCAGAUCAAGAACCUGAGCCCCACGACGGCGGCAGCCAUCUCCUCCAGCCAGAUGUCACAGUUCAACUCUGAGAUGAAGGUGGCGCUUCAGGGCGUGUUGCCCUCGACGGGUCCAGGAGGUGGAGCUCCAGAACUGCGUGUCUCCAGCCGCCUGGUGGCCCUGACCCUGGCACUGGUUGUGGUGACGACAUAGGCCUACCUGAACCAACAUGUGGGUUGGGCCUACUUGGAACCCCUCCCCCCCCACCCCCACCCCCUCACUGGAGCCCCAGCCUGCCUCCCUCCCUCCCACAGAUCACACAACCAUUAUAUGCUCUAUAUUAAAACACUGUGUAUAUACAUCUACAGAUUUUGGUCCUACUCAGAAAUUUUAUAUUAUUUAAACUUUUUUAAUUCCACUUACGUAUUUCAGUUUUCAAAAGUAUAUCAUUCUUGCUAACAGGCAGUUAUCGAUUACUUUCAAAUUAUCAUGUCAGUUUUAACAAAUAUUUGUUGCAAGGCCGUGAAUAAUUAUUGCAAAGUGUAUUAAGUGUUUACUUAUUAUAUAAUUAUUUGAUUUGGUACCCGGUGGUGCCCGGGUCGACCCCAGAAGGUUAGGCAAUGUAAUUGGUGGUAGUAUGGGUUGAUCUUAUGCUUCACUCGACCCCAGGCAUCGACCUCGACCCGCCUGUGACAGUCCUUGCUCUAUAUUUAUAUAUUCAAAAUGUUGUAAAGUAAUAACAUUCUAGGGGACCAGACCACUUACCUGCAACCUAUUUCGUGUGGGGGAGGCGGGGAGGAGGGUCCCAUUGGAGCCGAUCUCCUCUUUUAAUAGGACCAAUGGGGCCUACCCAUGACGUGGCGAUGAUAGACCCCUACCCCCCCCCCCCACCCCCCCACAUUCACCCUGCAAAGGUGGGGGACUAGCCAUGAGCGUCUGGCCUCUUCAACCUUGGCCAGAAAACAUAACCUGAUAUUCUCUCUUAUUGAUAUGUAGUAUCCUUUACAUAUAUUAAGACAAUCAGUAUAUAGUGUUGGAAUUUUUUAAGUUUUUUGUUAUCAAAUUUAUUAAAAAGUUUAUUGUAAAAAGGAUUUAAGAUGAUAUGUUAUUUAAAAUAAAUCAGAUGAAUAUGAUGUGUUAU